GGGGCCAAUUGUAUGCCUAACAAUGUGUAAUGUGUGUUAUAUGUGCUGCUUUUACUUUACUGUAUGGCUGUUUUUCUCCCUGCUUUGCAGGAAAAAAAAAAACAAAACAGGCAUAUCAGUGUUUCCUGUACACAGAGUUCUUUUAGACCCUGCAUUCACUAUAUCUGGUCUUCCAGGACCCUGCAUUCACUAUAUCUGGUCUUCCAGGUCCCUGCAUUCUCUAUAUCUGGUCUCCCAGGACCCUGCAUUCACUAUAUCUGGUCUCCCAGGACCCUGCAUUCACUAGAUCUGGUCUCCCAGGGCCCUGCAUUCACUAUAUCUGAUCUCCUAGGACCCUUCAUUCACUAUAUCUGGUCUCCCAGGACCCCGCAUUUACUAUAUCUGGUCUCCGAGGCCCCUGCAUUCACUGUAUCUGGCCUCCCACAGUACACAGAACAUGAAAAUGCUAUUAUUUUCAUAAAUACAAACUGCUAA